UUUGGUGGUGAAAAUGCUUUGGAAAUAGGUAGAGGUGAUGGUUAUACAACAUUAUGACCGUACGAAAUGCCACUAAAUUGUUCAGUUUCAAAUGGUUAAUUGUGUGCCAGGUGGAUUUGAUUUUACCUCAAUAAAAGAAAAAUGGGCAAAAAAACAAACAAUGAAUGAGCUCUACUCUGCAUUCAGAUUUAUUGUCCGGUAGGGAAGACAGACAAGGAAAUAAGGGACCCUGGCUUGGUAGAUUGCCACCCAAUCAGAAGUCAGAGGGGAUGGUGGGUGACUCAUUAUUGGAGAAGGUCUAGUGUAGGAGGGUGGAUGAAUACCUGUGGAAUGAAGGGCUCUGGGUCACAUUUUAAGUUCUCCUACUCAAAGGCUAGAAAUAGAUGUGAACAGAAUGAAGGAUUAUGUACAGAGGGGAAGCAUAGUUCCUGCACACCUAUGCAUGGUUUCUUGUCACUUCAUUGGUAAAUCCAGGAAGCGCUGUGAAAUUUUCCAAGUAGAACUGAUACUUAGAAAACAAAGACAUUGCUUUAUUAUUAUUAUUUCUUUUCCUGCACAGGCCUAGUAACAGAGCUCUUCUGUCCACCCUCCCCACUUCUUUCUCCCAGUUUUCUCACCAUCCUUCUCAAUUUGUCCUUUGUCAACAGGGCAGAAAAGAGGUUGAAGUGAUAUAUGGGUAUAAUCCACGAUGCACUGCUAAAAAGAUAAACUUAAAUGAAGUGAUUUAUUCCCCGUGGCAGGUCUUCUGCACCCAGAAUUGUCUAUCCAAUCUUCAAGGACUCAUAUGCUCAAAAGGAAGUCAGUAAAGGAAGAAUGAUAAAUUGGAAUUGGAACUCAUAAAAGAAAACCUUUGAACACUGUCCUGAAUUCGACAUCUGAAAUAUAGCAAGCCAGGUUGAUUGAUUUCAAGGACUAUAAAUCCAUCUGUUCAUCUGUCUAUCACCUACCCACCUAUCUGAGAGCAGAAUGGGAGAGUGAGGAGUUUCCAGUGAAGCACCAACCUUGCAUUGUACAAAAUCGGACAGCUGUACAUGAUCAGCAAGCACAGCCAUGAGCAGAGUGACCGAGGGGAAGGCGUAGAAGUCGUCCAGAAUGAGCCCUUCGAGGACCCUAACCACGGCAACGGGCAGUUCACCGAGAAGCGUGUGUAUCUCAACAGCAAACUGCCUAGUUGGGCCAGAGCUGUUGUUCCCAAAAUAUUUUAUGUUACAGAGAAGGCUUGGAACUAUUAUCCCUACACAAUUACAGAAUACACAUGUUCCUUCUUGCCGAAAUUCUCCAUUCAUAUAGAAACCAAGUAUGAGGACAACAAAGGAAGCAACGACAGCAUUUUUGACAGUGAAGCCAAAGACCUCGAGAGAGAAGUUUGCUUUAUUGAUAUUGCCUGCGAUGAAAUUCCAGAACGUUACUACAAAGAGUCUGAGGAUCCUAAACACUUCAAGUCAGAGAAGACAGGACGGGGACAGUUACGGGAAGGCUGGAGAGAUAGUCAUCAGCCCAUCAUGUGUUCCUACAAGCUGGUGACUGUGAAGUUUGAGGUCUGGGGGCUCCAGACCAGAGUGGAACAGUUCGUACACAAGGUAGUCCGAGAUAUCCUGCUGAUUGGACAUCGACAGGCUUUUGCAUGGGUUGAUGAGUGGUAUGACAUGACAAUGGAUGAAGUCCGAGAAUUUGAACGAGCCACUCAGGAAGCCACCAACCAGAAAAUUGGCGUUUUCCCACCUGUGAUUUCUAUCUCGAGCAUUCCCCUGCUGCCUUCUUCAGUCCGCAGUGCCCCUUCCAGCGCGCCGUCCACACCUCUGUCCUCAGACGCACCUGAGUUUCUGUCUGUGCCCAAAGAUCGGCCCCGGAAAAAGUCUGCCCCAGAAACUCUCACGCUUCCAGACCCUGAGAAAAAUGCCACCCUGAAUUUACCUGGCGUACCCUCUUCAGACAGGCCAUGCCGGCCCAAAUCAGAAUAACUUCAUAUGAAUAUUUCAUGGGGUUUUAUAUUUUCAUUUUCAGGGUUGGUUUUCUUGUUUUGUUUUGUUUUUUAAGAAUCUUCUAAUAAUAGAAAAAGACUGCUUUGUCACUCAAAACAUGUUCCUUCGAUCUGAGUGUGCAUGUGGUUAAGUAAUUUCACAUAUAAUAUGAGUCCCCAAGUAUGCCACACAGCAUCAUAUUAGAUGCAACAUGUAAGACAUGCAAAAGACAGAAGGCAUCUUCUGUAGCCACAGCUGGAAGCCUGGGAGGAAGCCUUGUUAAUGGGCGUUUGCUGCGGUUGGUAUGGGCUUCAAGGGUAAAUAAAUGAAAACUUUGCACCACUGUGGUACAAGGUGUGAUAAAAUAGUGAAGUCAGUUUCCUCUGGUUAAACCUGAAAUUCUCAAAAAUACUCUCAGGCGGAACAUACCUAAUUGUUAAAUUUUGAACUGCUCAUCGCCAAUACUUGAAUACCAGUAGUUACUAAAAUUCCUAUUUUGGUUAGUCUGACUCAGGAUUUGGGGCCUAAUUAACACUUUAAAUUUUUUGAAAAUUUUAAUUAUCAACCCACAGAGGCUCCACGUGCAAUUAAUGAUAACUUAUUUAUACCUUUCACAGAAUUUAAUAAAGAUUCCACUUGCUUCUGUCUUUUAAUAACUUUUCCCCUAUGUGCCCUCAGAAAUCUUGAGAAUUACAUGGGUGAAUGUGACCUUAACUUGACAGAUUUUGGAAGGGUUGAGUUAGGAACCAAGAGGUCCAGGUGAGACAAACAUCUUUUUUCUCUACAGGUACCAACAAACCUUAACCUGUCAGCUUCUAUCAUCCAUGAAGAUUCUCAGAAUUUGCAAUUAAUUAAGCAGAAUUUAUUGACUACUUCCUCACUCAAAAAGUUCAAGGGUGGAGAAGCUAACUGGACUUUCACUCUGUUGGAAUAUCUGAUUCGGGAAACCCUAAAAAAGAGAAUUGUUUUUCAUCUCCCUCCUGGUUUUACUUUUAUUUUUUAUUUUUUUCUCUUUCCCGCCCCCUCCCCACUCCUCUGGGUUUAUUUUUAAUACAUCCAGACUUCCUGGACCCGAUGGCCCGUCACGGGACCUUAGAAAAGACUGUCAUUCUCUUGCUCCUUACUUGAAAUCCAAAUAUUGGGAUGUCCCAGAAGUUGAGUAAAUACUGUCAAGUGGGAGGAGAGAAUGAGCAGAAUUGUUGACUCCUAUUUGUAAAACAAAAAAGGAGGAGAGAUACAUGUCCUUCCGUCUAGCUUUCUUUUCUGAAAGUAUUGCUAAUGCAAGAUUAGAUUCAAGGUUGACGGGAGGCAAGCUCAUUCACCAAAGUGGCAGAAAGAGAACUGCCCUUUGAUCUGAAAAGGAAAAACCUGCCACCUUCGCACCUCACUGCCUUUAAACGCAGAAGGAAGGGCAAGCAGUAUCUAUAUUCACUUUUGUCCUCCAGGAGAGGAAGAGAGCAAAGUAAUUGGGCAACUCCAAGCCCCCAGCUAGCCUUCCUCUCCAUAACCUCCAACCUCAGGAAAGGGACCUUCCCACACAGAUUCCAAAGGAAACACACAGACCAGGGGGCAUAGCCUCCUCCUCUCUCCUGGCCUCAGCCAGCGGACCCGGCCUGCUUCUCUCUCUAAGUGCUCAGCACUCUGCAUCGUGUCUUUCAAGUUGACAAACUCCCAGGUGCAGGCGCUGGCCCCUGAGCCCAGCACCAAGUAAGCGUAAGUCAUACGUCAGACUGUCAAGAUCAUAUCUUUAUCUACAGGUUGAUAUUUAGCUCGAAAAAAAAUUUUAAAACCCAGAACUCAAGGGAAACCAGUUACAAAUAGCUUAGGUCAACAUGCAUCUCUUCCCUAAGAGCGCGAUAGCAGUGUAGUAAGACAUCUUUGCAUGGUUUGGUAGCAUGGUUUUUUGCUUGUGGGAAAACUUAAUCUUUUACCGAACCCCUUGGACUUUUCGACGGCUCCCUCUCCACACAGCAGUCCUUAAGGAUUAUGUUUGGCUUCAGAAAGCAAAAUUCUAUUUUCACAAGGCAACGAUCGUGUGUGUGUGUGUGUGUGUGUGUGUGUGUGUGUGUGUGUGUGUGUGUUUGCUUACCAUUUAUUUACCAGCUGAAAUCAGCUUUGUCACAAGUGGGGGUGGGGUCAUUUUCUAAUGGAACCCAUCUAUUUUGUGCAGGUUGUUAACACAUCUGAUGCCUAGUUUUUCCAUUCAUACCAUUGCUGUCCGUAAAGUAGCUUCUGCUAGCAAGGUCAACCAUCCUAUCCGCUUUAGAAAACUAAUUUCUCAUUUCCUCCUGUGAGUUUUCUUUCUCUCACAGCCAGUACAAUACCACGGACAUCCAUUACAGACUGCUAAAGAUAGUGUGCGUUUUAGCCAUCAAAAGUGUGUGCGCUUAAAAUACAUUCAGUUUUCUGUCUACAUGUGGUUUGUGUGCAUUUAAGAAAAGGGCAGGGGGGGUGCAUAUAUUCCUUCAGCUGCUUUGAAUAUUGAAUCCCAUCAUCGUGAGCAUACGUGACUUCACCAUUUUAUCUGCCUUGAUUUCCAAGGGUCAUUUUACAUUCUCCAUACAUGCCUUUGUUUGUUGUGGGAUACAAGCCUGCAAUGAAUGUGUACAUAGAACCUUAAUAAUUCCUAUAAGGAUGGAAAUGCAAUGGCUGCAUGAUGGAAACUUAGAAGAAGGAAAAAAGCAGAAACUUGAAUUAAGCAUGUUUGGGGGUGGGGGGAAUAGAAUCUUUAACUCAGUGCCUCUGUCUGCAAUGUGGAAACCUUCAACUUUGUUCACCAAAAUUGUAUUAUACCUGUAUGUACAUAUAUAGAAAUAUAGUAUAGUGAAUCAAACACCACCAGUUUGAAGUCUCUGGUAGCCAAAUUAAAGUAAUCCACAGAAUAGCACAUGCGCAGCACACCAUCUUCAUCUCUGAUGUUGGUGAAAACCAUGACAAUGGCUGUACAUUUCAUUACUUCGGGUGCAUUUCAAAUACCAGGCGCCCCUGUGCUUUUCGUGGCUGUGUGUGGUACAGCAUUUGUAGCUUUGACUGCUUUCCCAGGAUCAGAGGGUCUUGGUGUUUUUCCCGCGUGCACUUUGUCAGAAGUUAGCUCUGAAGACCAUUUCAUGUUUCUACUUUUGGGCUAUAGUAAAACAAAGCUAAGGAAGCCAUGAAAUUUUUCACUCACCAUCGUUAUAACAGGCACCAUAUGUGUUCGCUGGUGAACUAAUUUAUAAACCCUUCUUUUACGAUUUUGCAUCUGUGUGGGAAGAAUGGUUUUAAUGUAUUUGGAGGUUUGUAGUAGCCAUGUUUUGGGUGUGAGAAUAAAUCUCUAAGCGCAGUCGUGGUUGUACAAUGCAGGCACAAAAACCCAAGACCCCACAAGUAAUUACAGGGUUUUCUUUCAAGGCACUGUAAUACUGGCCUAGAGAAUAGAUCCUGACACUUCUCCAGAAAUCAUUUUCCUGUGAAAAUUGCAAGGCUAAUGUAUUUAUGUACAUUUUUAAAUUCUACUUCCCUUGGUAGCUCUUCAGGGCUCAGAGACAGCAAAAUCACUGUCUGGUUUAGGUCAGUAGGAAUUUUACUUUUCAGAAGGGCCAGAGUAUAAUUCAGAUGUAAUAUGAAAUUAGAUAAUCCAAUAGACAGGAAUUGUCUAAAUAGUUUUAGUCCCUUUCUGAUCAUCUGACUCAGUAGGCCAGGUAACAAUCUGCCAUCUUGAGCCCUAAUUCUUGAAAUUAAAAAAAAAAAACAUAUAUAUUGUGUGGCUGUAACUGGUCAAACAACUCGUUCUUGCUGAGACUGAAAUGUCGUGCAAUCGCACAGCCUUGGCACACGGAGGCAACACCGGGUUCUUGUGUGUUCUACCUUCGGAACGAUCUGUUUGCAUUUGAAAUGUAAGUGUUUAAGCUUUUUAGGAGUUAGUGCAAUAAGAGGAUGUGAAUGUGGAGACCUUUUCAGAUGUGAUUCAUGAUAAUUUUGUUGUUAAGUUAAUGCUAUGGGAUGUUGUGGCCUAAAAGGGAAAGCAUGUCUAUUGAAUUGCAAGUCCCCCUUCAGUUCCUAUGUAUCACCAAGAAGAGGUUCUUUGAGUUGCUGUUAUGCCUACGCCACUUCUGUGUCGCUUCAAGUGUCAUUUUUUAGUGUUUACAUUUCAAGCUGGGAUCUUGAUUCGUUCAAUGGGUCGAUAUACCACUGCCACUGCUGAAGGACCAAGGUUUGGAGUGCACAGUGUUACAGUCUACAAGCAAAGCAAACAAAAGGUGACCCUCACACAUGCCAUCCUUCUGUGUCAUUUUAUGGCUGUUUUGUGUUUUCCCCCCAGUUAUUUAUUAUUGUUAAUAACUUCCUUUUUCUUACCUUCUAUUGUAAAUAAAGUACAAAGCAAUCUUC